AGUCGCCGCUCGCCUCGCGCCACGCUCUCUCGCUCAGACUGCCCUGGUCGCCAUAACCGCAGCACACGCCGCCGGCCGAACCACGAGAAGCAGAGCCAUCUCUCGCGGCCGUGUGCACUAGGACAACAGUGACGCGGCAUCCGGCAGAGGAGUGGCGCUAGGCAAGGGCUACAACUUGCCAUGUCUCUCUACUCAUGAGGUGCUUCCAGAACAUGUACUACACGAAGCAGUUUGCUGAAUGGAUCCGACUGACUCUGUUGCUUUGUGUAGCUCUGCAUUGCUGUCUUGUGAAAAUGGAGGACAUCAGCUUCGAACCGAGGAUCCUACUUAACAAAACCUGUGCUUUUACCUCUUGUCGCAGUGCGAGACAAGAAUCACCUAAUGACAUGGAUUUAGAUACAUUUCUUACUGCAAGGUGUUACUGUGACCCUGAUUGCAAGAGAUUCCAAGACUGUUGCUAUGAUAUAUCCAACACAUCUUACUACGCUUAUGAUCAAACUUCACUUCAUUGGAGCUGUUCACAUAUACCUUCGCAGGCAAAGGAUGUAUAUAUGAUAAAUUCAUGCCCACAUCAUCAUACGCAGUUCUCAAAUUUAUGUUCAGGAACUGCGGAACCAUAUGAUUACAAACAAGAUAUUCCAGUUCUAAGCCACCACACAGGUUUGUGGUACCAAAAUUUCUUCUGUGCUUUGUGUCACGAAGAGCAGGACAACUUGGUGCCAGUGACACUUCACUUUGAAUGUACCAGAAAUCUGACAUCAGACCAGGUGCUACAGAAUGGUACCUACCAACCACGUGCUUUGUCGUGGACUCUUGGCCAAGAUGAGUGUAAACUGAAAGUUGGGGCAGACUAUUCAAACACAUCAUUGGAUAAUGUAGUCAUGCGAAGAUGUUUGCCUCAUGUAAGCACUUGUGCCCAUGACUGGACAAAUGAAACAGUGGAAAAUCUUUGCUAUUCCUAUACACACUUUGUUUAUGGAAGAGUAAAUGGAGCAAAAAAGAUCUACAAGAAUCCGCACUGCGCUUUGUGCAACCAUGCCAAAAUGAAAAGUCUGAACUGCUGGUCGGAUGACGGCGUGAUUGGGAGACAGAAGACCGAGUUAUCGUUGAUCACAUUGCUGAAUCUCUACUGGAGUAUUGGCGACAAAAACUGCCGUCCACCUACGCAUAUCUACGACCCACUGCAUGAAGUAUGUCAGCCUAUAACUGAUUCUUGUCCUGAAAAUACAGUUUAUGACAAUGGUAUAUGCGUUGGAAAAAUUUCGAACGGAACCAACUCUACUCUGGGAUCAACAGAUCUUAAAACAUCAUGUGCAGUUAUAAGUCUUCGCAGCGAAGAAUUUAUCGUUCUCAAUAACUCUAUCCAGUUGGCCCUAAAGACUUCCCAUCAGGUGAUACCAGAAGGUCAAUACGAACUCACUGAGACUGGAGACGCCAAAGUUUGCUACAAUGCCAUCACUAGCCUCCCCCAUGUUCAGGAUAGCCUCGUCACCAUUAUUUGCCUUUCUUUGUCGGUCGUAUGCCUCGCACUGCACAAUGUAAUUUACUGUAUGCUUCCAAAAUUGCAGAACCUUCCUGCUAGGAAUCUGUUCUCCAUGUCCUUGUCCCUUUUCUUUGCCCAACUGAUUUUUCUAACUGGACUGAGUCCAGUGCUACCUGUUUCCGAGCCGGUGUGCGUUGCAAUAGCAGUUUCUAUACAGUACUUUUUUCUCACGUCCUUCUUCUGGAUGAAUGUUCUGAGCUUUGAUGUGUGGAAAACAUUCGGGGGUAAAACGCUUUCCUACGGAUCAAGAGGCAAUCACUGGAAGUAUGCUAUUUAUGCGUGGGGCACACCAGUGUUAACAAUUUGUUUGUCUAUGUUUUUCGAAUAUGUAGAUAUUCUACCAGUGCAGUUUCGGCCUAAUUAUGCACAGUUAAGAACAUGUUGGUUCGGUAGUCAAGAAGGUCUGUUGAUAUUUUUCGUCGCACCAAUGUUUGCAGUAAUUCUUAUGAAUGUAGCAUUUUUUGGUAGUACCGUAUACAAACUGAUUAAAAACGACGAGAGUCGACACUUUGCCACGAACCCUCCUCAGAGAGGAUCUGUGACGGCGGGAGAUAAAAACAAAUUCCGUAUGUCUCAGAGAAAGCCCAGCUGCAAAACCGUUCAAAUUAGCCAUGUGACUGGGAAGAGAGAUAAAAUUCAGUUUUACUUAUACCUGAAACUAUUCGUUAUUAUGGGCCUCACUUGGCUUUCGGGAAUUAUUGCCAUAUUAUUUAACUUGGACAUUCUUAGGUACAUAUUCGUCAUUUUUAACGGACUACAAGGAGUAUUUAUAUUUCUAAUGUUUGACUUCAAGUGUAAAAUUGGUGGGAUGCUUUGUGGGACACUGUUUAGGCACUGUGUUACGCAGCCUGACAACUCCACCAAAAGCAAUAGCACUUCCAGAAGCAACUUGAACAGCGUCGAAACUAAACAUACUUGCUUGUAGUAGUGUAUUCUGUGAUAAUGAGAAUGGAUUGCUGGUAUGGGGAAUCGAACCGCGUCUACUGUUUUGAGUUACCAUGUUAUUUCAUGUUGAGAAUGUGGUAACGUCACAAGUAUUGUGCACAUUGUUGGCUGAUAAAAUGUGAAUGUUUGCAGCCACAUAAUGUUUUUUACACUACAAGAUGUUAUCCAUCCUUAUUGAAGUAAUACACCGCAAAAUGAAUAGAUACUGGGAACCAAAUACGAUGCUGACAGAAAUGCGUAAUGUUCUCGUCCAUAAUAGACUGCAAUCAAUUAAAUUUUCUACAGUGUCUUAUUGAACGUGAUGCUGCAAUAGACACGGUGUUAGCUUAAAUUUGUAGCAGGAAGGAAAAUUUUUCUGUGCGCUUUUCAUUAGGUGGCUGAGUAUCAGUAUGGAACGAUAUUGUGUAUGGGCGCGAAAACUGAACCAACGAUCAAUCAUUUGUACUGCGGUCUUUUCAAAUAGUUCAGAAGUUUGUCUCUGAGCUAUCCGAUUAAGUGGGAGUUACAAACAAAAUUCUCUUUACAACUGAGAAAUGGUUGUUAUAGAAUUCACGACGAAUUCUGAAACUGUGAGAGUAAAAGAACUUCGUUAUUAUAAGAAAAUACAAAUGGGCAUUCUUCAUUCUUCAGAGAAAUAAGAUUCUUUAACCUGUGUUGCUCUAGGUCAGAUGUGUGAUGCAUCUUGCUGUUAGAGUCACUUGCGUAACAAAUAAACACAAAGGAUUCACUAAUAGAGUGAGGAAAGUGUGCAGCAUAGCCCCUGAGUUAGGACGUGAAAAGGUUAUCAAUCAUUGACUGGGACAAUUGGCUCUUGUAGACUUAAAGUGAAGAGUUGAACAGUCUGUUCCCAGAACGUCUUUGUCAGUGCUAGUGAAUCCGUAACAGAGUUCCGAACUCAGUCCAGGUGAAUAGCUUGGUCGGAGUGCAGCGCGAUGGGAUGGUGUUAUCCAGGAAAUAUGAACGGCAAACUACUUCUGCUUUCUGCACGCUUCCUUCGGCAGUGCGGUAUCGUUGCCCAGCAUGUUCUCGUUGUGUAUGCCGUAGUCAUGGGGACUCACGUUUUCCAUAUUGUCUCCAUGGUGCUAUGCUCGGAGUGGACAUGGCAGUUAUUGUUUCCAUUAGCCAGGCUGCCUCAUUGCGAAUGCUAAACAGAGUUUGUAGUUCAUGUGACUCUUGUUCGGAGAGCCUUGUUGAAUAUUAAAAUAUAUUUCAUGCACAGAGUACUAUGAGAACAUUUGUCCAAACAAGCGAAAAUAAGGCUGCAUUAGUUUUAGACUUUUUGUGAUUUUGAUAUCUAAUAAGAAAUAUUUUCACUAUUCUAUAGAUUUUGCAUCCUUUUUAUAGGGACUCAGUAAAUGGCAGACGGACAAUGAUGAGCUUUUACAUGGAUUGCCUUUGAAAAUACUGAGGGGAAAGGUCUCUCUUCAUACUAGCACCAUCCUCCUGGCUCAGGGGGACCAGUUGGGACUGGUAGUUCAAAUGGCUCUAGGCACUAUGGGACUAAACAUCUGAGAUCAUUAGUUCCCUAGACUUAGAACUACAAAUAUAUAACUACCCUAAGGACAACACACACACCCAUGUCCAAGACAGGAUUCGAACCUGCGACCUUAGCACCAGCACGGUUCUGGACUGAAGUGCCUAGAACAGCUCGGCCACAGCGGUCGGUAGUUGGGACUGAGCGACUGCCAUUUAUUCCUCCUCCAAUGGCGUCAUCUGGAUGCGACAUGGAGGGGAGUGAACACCGCUUUCCCAAACGUUGUCGGUUUAGCAGACCUUGGUGUCAUUAUUUCCCAUUCAACUAGCUCCUCAGCCAGCAUCACUAGGCUGAGUGCACCCCAUUCCUGUCCUCUCACCAAGGGAAAAUUUCUGCCAGCACCAGAAACUGAACUAGGAUCCUCCACAUAACAGCGACCCAUGCUGACCUUCAGAGGCAGUCUUCAUACUAGGGGUACACAAUAUAUGUAAAGACGGUCAUAUCAUCACUAUUAUUAAAUCGUUUUGAAAGUUCUACGGUCGCAGCCAGAAGCAGGUUUCUUUGUAUUUUAAUCGCGAAAAUACUCAUCAUUUUGGGCGAAUUUUUUAUUGGUUGUGUAUCACUAACAUGUGUUUUCUCCAGAAUGGCGCAAUACUGGCACAUGAUAGCGAAAUACCAGAGGGAUGGGUCCCGUUGUAUAAGUGCCAGAGAGAGGCGUUGCGUCCAAUGAAUUUCUGUUAAGAAGAGACUUCGCCGAUCCUCUGCAGUCAAAUCUCAUCACAGCGCUGUUCGCUUUGCACCUCUCUGACAUGUCCCUCUUUUAAUGAGUAUGAUGCAGAGUAGUCUGUCUCUUCAUACCAAUAGUCAUUAUGUAAUGGAAGUUAACAUGGUCGACUACUGUGGUGCCUGGUACUCUGGGUGGGUCCCUCUUGAUGGUGCAGGCUUUUGAAUCUCGUAUCUGUCCGAUUACUUUUAGUUAAUCUGAUAUUAUGAGUUCAGACUCAUAGUUGGGCUUGAAUAAAAAGGAUAAUAUUGUCUGGAACAGAAUGGAUUAUGCCUGAAUGUGAGAUUUUAACAUGGUCUCGAAACCUGUGGUCUAUGAAGUUGGGCAUGGAGAAACUGACAGGUACUAAAACUCUGAGAAUUUUAGCUUGGUGAUAUAUCAGAAAAAAAUCCACAGUAAGUGGAUAUCUACAGUAUUUAUUUUUCUUGGUAAAUGGGGGCAAGUUCAAAAAGCAUUCUUCAGAUAAUAGCCAAACUCUUUGUCAAUGAUGACAACUUUGGAUAGACCAUUAUAUCUGUUUUGCAAAGUUGCGCACUAGGUCAUGGUAGUCAUUAUUGUGUGAUAGUGGCCCUGUCAGCUGAUAAUUGAUUAAUAAAUACAGUAAAUACUUUAGAGUGCUAAGAGUUUGUUUUACCUUUUAUGAAUUAUUAUCUCAAACAGUGAUGGAAAAAAUCUGUUAAUAUGAAGAGUAUUGUAAUCACUGAAGCAUAUGCUGAAAGAAACGACUGAAAUUAUUUUUACAACACUAUUGUAAGAAAAUAUACUUCUAGCCUAUUACAUAAAAAUGAAUGACAGUCAUUUUUAUCAGCUUUAUCAAUCAUAAGACAGCAAAGAAAAAGUAACAUUAAGUAGGGAAAACUUUCCUAAUGUUUUCAAAAAUGUUAUAUUUAAUUUCGGGUUUCUAGGCCAUCAUUAGAUGAAAAAUUUAUCGAAUCAAAUACUCACUAUAACUGAAAUAUGCGCCGAUAUUCCGAUGUACAUACAAUAGAAGAAUAGAUUUUCACUAUGGUGUAAUUGGAAUACCUUAUAAAGAAAAACUAUUUUCCUUAGUUUAAAAUCACUGCAUAAGUAUUAAUGUGUUUAUUCCCUACCACUGUUCUGUUGUAAGUCUCUGGCUUGUAGUCCCCAAAACCAUUACAAACAUUCUAUUUUUUAUAUGUAAUAAACUUCUCAUCCACACAUUGUGUCUGCUAGACAGUCUGUUUUAGCUCAAAGAAAGAUUCUUCUUCUAUACUGUUAGUUUAGAGUUUUUAUUGUGAGUCUAGUGAAAUCAUUAAUUUCAUAGACCAUACCGGUCUAUCAGAUUGAAUUUUGUCAUGAGAUUGAAUGUCAUCCACUGCUUUUGAUUUUCCUAGUCCAGUAUUUGAAUGCACCCUUUAACAGGGUUAAAUGUGGUUAAAGAUGGUCAACAUUGGGCUGCCAAAAGAAACAGUACUGACAAAAGUAAUAUGAAGACAUGUUUACAAGCAUAGGUUAUAAAGAAGUCCAAUUAUCAGUAACACUAAAAUAAAAUUAACAACUUAGAAAAUUAUAUACGCCACUUCUGUAAAUCUAGAACAUGGAUCUUGUUAGUCCUCAUGUUACUGCGUCAAACUGGGAAGCGUUGUUACACCCUAGCUGCAGUAGCCACUAAACUAUGUUUAUAUUGUUACUACUUACUAAAUUAUUAUCGAAAAUUUAUAGAUAUGUAUUACAAUUAUUUGUAUAUGUUGAACAUGAGGGCGAGAUGUAAUAAAUUCCUUUGGAUCUCACAAAGCAGAAUAACAUACAUUCCAGAGACUGAUGGUUCGUUAGUGCUAAAUUUACGCAAAUUUAUUCAUUUACAUUGCCAUUUGUUAUGUUACAAUAUUUUCUAUUAAUGGUUUGUGAGCUUUAAUAUUUUCAGAAAUUUAAACUGACUCAUGUGUUAUGUGACUAUGUUACUUAUGACACAGUGCAACUGUAAAACAAUAAACUGUAUAAAGCCAGUUGUCUUACCUCUUUGUUGAA